UUCCCCCUCCCCACCCUCCCCCUCCCCUUUCUCGCCAUCAGCUCGUGCCCGCGCCUCCCGCCGCGUGCCCGCGCUCCGGCCAGGCAGGAGCAAAGAGACGGCAGCCAAGAUGGAGUCGCGGCUGGCGCGCCUGCAGCCGCAGCGGCAGGGAGCCGGCGAGCGCGUCUAGGGCCAGCCCUCCCCGCAGCCCCCCGCCCCAUGGCCUGGCCCCUCGGCGGCCACCCGCUGGGCUCUCCCUCCGCCGGCGCCGCCGCGGGGCUCCCGAGGCCCCCAGCCGCGUGCCCGUGAGACGGUGGUGGUGCCGCCGCCCGUGCCGGUGCGCCCUUCGCUGCGUCUCUGCGGGGGGCUGCGCGCCCCGACCCGCCGGCCAGGAUGCUGCCGUCGCAGGAGGCCUCCAAGCUGUACCAUGACAACUACAUGCGCAACUCGCGGGCCAUCGGCGUGCUGUGGGCCAUCUUCACCAUCUGCUUCGCCAUCAUCAACGUGGUGGUCUUCAUCCAGCCCUACUGGAUCGGCGACAGCGUCAGCACGCCCAAGCCGGGCUACUUCGGCCUCUUCCAGUACUGCACGGGCGACGACGGCAGCAACCGCGAGAUCAAGUGCCACGGCUCCUUCGCCGAGUUCGCCCACAUCCCCUCGGGCGCCUUCAAGGCGGCCUCCUUCUUCGUGCUGCUCUCCAUGGUGCUGAUCCUGGGCUGCAUCACCUGCUUCGCCCUCUUCUUCUUCUGCAACACGGCCACCGUCUACAAGAUCUGCGCCUGGAUGCAGCUGCUGGCAGCUCUCUGCCUGGUGCUGGGCUGCAUGAUAUUCCCAGAUGGCUGGGAUUCAGAGAAGGUCAGGGACAUGUGUGGGGAGAAGACGGGGAAGUACUCGCUGGGCGACUGCUCCGUGCGCUGGGCUUACAUCCUGGCCAUCAUCGGCAUCUUGAACGCCCUCAUCCUCUCCUUCCUGGCCUUUGUCCUGGGCAACCGGCAGAACGACCUGCUUCUCGAGGAGCUCAAAACAGAGAACAAAGAUUUUGUUGGCACCGCGAGGAUAUAAUGUAGAAGAGGCAGGAGCCCCUCCCCCCAUCGGUAUCUGGAUCGGACUCUUUCUCUCCUCCUCCUCCUCCCCCCGUCCCACAUCUCCCACCGCCUUUCUUUCGCUGCCGCCAGCUGGAAAAAGAUCAUCAGACUCCAAAGCCUCAGAAUCUGCCAACCGUCUCACCUGCGUGCCACGUCCGGCCCUCAUGAUUCGCCAGCUUCGGCCCCCCGCACUUCUGCUGACUGGUUGCCGACGGAGGGGAAGGUCAACACAGACACCCUCAGCUCAUCUUGAACUUGCCGCUUUUGGGGGCGGGGGGGGGGGGAAGAAACACACAACUGCAAUUUCGUGUUUAAAGGAACGACGUCCCUCAAAUUUUUCACAUUCGUCCGAAGGGAGUCAGCCCUUUUUACGAAAAGCUGCCACGAUAACCCCCCCCCCGCCCGUGCCCGUCUUUCUCAAGACCUGGUGCCAGCGUUGCAACAGACUGUGUUGGGGGCCCACCUCUCUGCCUCAUCUGUCCCCCAUUUCUGACCUUCCGUCAACUUAGCGCACUCCCAUCCCCAUAAUGGGGCCAAACCAGCACCUGAGACUGGCCCAUUUGAUACUUUUGUGAGUAAACUGAAUUGUCUCUGAACAGGGUAUGGUGAGCCCAAAUCCUCUUUACCUUUGGGGGUUGCUGCCACCAGAACUUCUCAUUCUCCACGCAUCCUGCCCAGGCGGUGCAGCCAUACUUUGAAAUGUGCAGAAAAGCCGACUAGGGAGGGGGUGGUCAGCUAGCUUCUCUCUGCUUAUCGUGGGGGCCCCACACAGUCUCAACCUGGAGGGUGACUCCUCUACCACUGAAUGUAACCCUCGGUCAAGGCCCCCCACCCAUAGAGAGAGAGCCAGCUGUGGAAGGAGGCCUCACACUUUCUUCUUGCCUGCUUCAAAGCAUCAACACUCUCCCAGGCUGUGGCCACGGUUCAGUUCUGAGCCUGGUGUCAAAAUGCUAUUUUGUAGUGCUUCAGCUACUCGUGUGAAAGCAGCAUUGCAGCUCCAGGUAGCCUAAGGAUCUGGGGCAGAUCGAGGUUCCACCACCACUAUUACAAACAGAAAAAUGUUCCAAUUUUAGUAUAUGCGCUGCCGAAGCGAGCACUAUUUCGAACAAAGAUCAUCCGGGUAAGAGAGUGUAGGCCGGAGUCUCCCCUUCUGCAGGAAUGUGCUUCCUGAGUAUAUCCUGUGUCAGAUUAAAGUAUGACAACAUGCUAACUUCAGUGAGGACUUGAGCCUCCCAGAAAUGUGUCCUGAUUCAUAUUUCCCAUGCUCUCAGUGACCACCAACCAGGACACAUUGCCUGGAGGCGUUUGGACAGCAUUGUCCUCUCUGGACAGCAUCUGACCAGACCCUCACGAGAUGACUAGGUUCUGUACAUGCAACUGUGUUGUCCAUCCAACAUAGUGUCUCUGGCUACCAAUGCACGCCCCCCCUUGUCAUUUGAACUAGGCUUCAGGCCAAGACUAGGCUUCAAACCCUCCCCAAGAGGGGCUCCCAAGCUAAGGUGAGGGCAAACCUCCUCUUGUGCCAAAAUAGGCCCAACUGGGUGACGCUUCACACAGUGUCAAGCGCCCCUUCAUUUCUCUCAGCUCUCAACAGGCAGCUGCUAAGCCAAUAUGACCACGAAGCAAGCAAUAGUAGUGUUGGCAGCAGCCACCAGUGUCCCUUUUUAACAAAGCUAACCAAGACCUGGUGAUGCAGAGAGAAUCUGUUUCACAGACCGACAUAGCCCCAGGUAAGUGGCAAGGAACGCGGGGAGGCAACGACAGAAGAAAAAGGUAAGAGGGAGCGGAGAAAAGGUCUAAGAUGGAGGUCUGCGACUGAAAACCCAAGGGAUACCUCGCAUGAUGGUAACAAUCAAACAGCAAGCUAAAUAAUUUACUUCUAAUGGUAUCCAAAAUAUCUGUUGCCUGAGGCAGGCUCACCACACAUGGUGAGAGGAACAGGGCUUGUCCUGAGGGAAUGAUAUGAAGGCCUAGUUCUGGGCCUGCAGAAAGAAUGUGUAAGUGAAGAAGAACAUAAAGACAUUGGGCAAAAAAAAAAUGUCUGUCGGGGCUGUACGGCUUCUGGGAAUGUGAUGCUCUCGAAAAGGAAGCUCGAAGAAUGUGGAGACCUUGUGCAUUACAGUGACUUUCAUGUGGACUGUGUUCACCAAGUAGUAGUAGCGCUAGGAAGACGUCAAGCAGUUGUCAGUGGAGCUAAGGGAAAGAUGCGAUAACCCCUAGGUCCAGCUUUACUAGAACCAGCCACGUGUGCUGUGCCACUGAAAAGCGCCAAGGGAAUUGGCCGGUUCACAGGGGGAAAAAAAAUCACUGUGGGGAGUGAUCCUCCCUCCAUCUCAAAACCCAGAGUAAAAUUACGAGGAGACAGGCAUAUGUCAAGCGUUCAGUCCACUCAUUAAAGCUGCAGUUCUAAACAUACUUACUUGGGAGUAGUUUUCAUUGAACCUUAGAAGGACUGAGUCGACACGCAGAAGAUUUGGCUGCAAAUCUCUUAAUUCAGGCGCCACAACAGAAAGUGGUUCUUUGCCAAGGAGGGGUGGGCAGAAACUUUGUAAGCGCAAGGCACAUGGCCCUGCCUUCCUGUUUCCAGGUCGUUUCCUCCAAGUCAGCCAUUUUAGCAAAGUCCAAAACAUAAUGAUAAAGGAUUUGAGAGCUCAGAAUGAAGGUGUGGAGUUACCCCCUGCAAUUCCAGAAGGAUACAGGAGCCACCGGAUAUAGAUUACCCUGUAGUGGUGGGGGGUGGGGGGUGGGGGGUGGGGGGAGGACAAGGUGCACAGGAUGGAACCACAGUGGAUGAAAACAGCAAGAUUGGUGGAGAAGGGAAUACAAUAGCUGUAAUAUAUAUCUGUAUUUUAGUACAAAAAAAGUUUGAUACAGUGUUUCACAAAAACUUAUUGGAAAACAUAAAAUUCAAAAUGGAUGGAUUGGAA